AUGCAUCUUAUGCACCUUAAACCACACACAGCGUUUCGACAAGAGAUCCGGGGACAUUUUGAGAAAAACCGUAACGAGACCGACGAGAAGAAAUUAAAGAAGAUGCUGAAGCAGAGCGUGGACUUGGAAAAGAUGGUUCGAAUGAAUCUGGUGCAAGGCAAACAGACCGGGGUGGACAACACGAUAGGUCAGUUGUGCUGCUGGAACGUGCAUGAUAUCAUCACUUGCCUUAUAUGA